AUGGCAAGCACUCGUGAUUCUCAUUCGUUCGCUUGCGAUGAGUGCCGACUCAGGAAGUCGAGGUGCUCAAAAGAGAGGCCGGUUUGUUUGCAAUGUCAACAGUUGAACAAGGAGUGCAAGUACAGCCCAAAGGUCACCCGGAGUCCAUUGACGCGGCAGCACUUGACCUAUGUUGAAGACCGCUUGCAUGCUUUUGAAACAGCUUUGGGCCGACUAUUUCCUGGAGGUGACCUGGAUGCCACUCUUCGUUCUCUUCUGCAGAACCCAGAGGCUCAUAAGGCCCCCUCAUCCAAAUCGUCUUCAAGACAUUCGACCCCAGCGAAGCCCGAAGCAGAGCGGACUGAACCUGCACCUGAGGCUCUGCCUCAGCAGGCCGAUGGCUUUGACUGGGCAGAGAAGGAGCUUGUAUUAGGUGACUUGGCUGAUGGAAUGGCCGCAUUGUCUAUCAAGCCGGAAGGUGCCGGCUAUUUCGGAGCUUCAUCCAGUGUCGUUCCGCUGAGAGCGCUGUUUGACCAUGGGUUUGACUUGAACAUACCGGUUCGCGCAUCAAGAUCUGGUGGCGUGCCACUCAAAGCACAGCUUCUUGAAAGCGCUCCAUCUGGCUUGAUUGAACAAGCGUUUAUUGACGCCUAUUUCCUGAAUUACCACACAAGUUACCCGUUCGUCCAUGAACCUACCUUCCGAGCACAGUUCAACGAACCAUCCCUACGUCCUCACGGCAUUGCUUGGCAGAUCCUACUCAAUACCAUCUUGGCACUUGGUGCAUGGAGUAUUGGAGAUGACAGCUCAGACCUAGAUGUGACUUUCUAUCAGGAAGCCCGAGCCUGUCUACAGCAAACAUCUGUCUUUGAAACAGGAAACCUGACAUUGGUUCAGGCAUUGUUAUUGCUGAGUAACUAUGUUCAAAAGCGGAACAAGCCCAACACCGGCUGGAACUAUCUGGGUCUGGCCGUUCGUAUGGCUAUGAGUUUGGGUUUGCAUAAGGAGUUCCCGGGCUGGAAGAUCAGUCUUCUCCAGCGUGAAAUUCGUCGUCGACUAUGGUGGGGCGUCUUCAUCUUUGACAGUGGCGCGGCCAAAACAUUUGGUCGGCCGAUUCUUCUCCCAGAGGAGUGUGUCAUGGACUGUAAACAGGUCUUGAACAUUCAUGACGAUGCCUUAACUCCAGAAACAACUACAUUACCACCCGAGUCACCUGGGCCCACUCUCUACUCCGGCUUGAUCGCCCAAGCCCAGUUCCACCUCCUGACCAACAGCGUGUACCAACGCCUGAUCUCCAGCCCUAGCCUCACCCCCGAAGAAACCUUGAACCUCCAAAAGCCCAUGGAAGAGUGGUAUGGUGGUCUACCAUCAUAUAUGCACUAUCCACUACAGCCUCUCGCCGUGCAUCCAACACAACCAGACCCAGACAAUCUUGCCCUUGUUCGCAAUCGAAUGCUAUGGCGGAACUGGAACCUGACCAUUCUCAUCUACCGCCCAAUCCUGCUCCGUUGGGCUGCUCGUCGCUGGGGUCCUCACGGCGGUGGCUCGGACGUAUCAUCUGUCACAUCAUCUGAAGGAGGCAAUGAAGAUCCCUGUGAGACGGAAUGCCGCCUACGCUGCCUCCAAAAUGCACGGCUUACUAUCGCCUCUAUAUCUGAGUACAUGGACAACUAUAUGUGCACCAGAAUUGGAGCAUGGUAUAUGCUCUACUUCCUUUUCCAAGCUGGGCUUAUUCCCAUCGUUCUCCUUAUGACCGAUCCCUCAAAUCCAGAUGCCCCAAGCUGGUUGCAAGACAUUGAAACCACCAAAGCCCUUUUGACACACCCAUCCCUUGGCAACAACCAGCUCGCCCUCCGAUGUUAUGAGGUGAUCAACCGCCUUCUGGGCCCAUCGCCGAGUAUAAUGUCUGGCAUGCCACCUCAUCAACAAAACAGCCAACAGCCCUUCCAUCAACAGCAGCCGCAGCAAGGGUUCAUGCCGUUCCCAGAACAGUUGUUUGGGGAUGGGUUUGGAGGCAGUCUGUUUCCAGUGGAGCAGCAUAUGCCCAGCCCGGGUGGCAUGGACUUCUCAGAAUGGGUCAACUACCCAGGUGUCGAGUGA